AUGCCUAUCAUGUACCAAAUCCUUUCUUCUUUUGGUGAAGUGUUUGCAAGCACAGUUGUUGUGGAUUUUACACCGCAUGUGGUUACUAUUAAUACCGGAGAGGAUGUUGGCGGGAAGAUCUUGUCAUUUGCGCAGAAGAGUCCAAGAGCGAUAUGCAUUCUUUCUGCCAAUGGAGCUAUCUCUAAAGCCACACUAUGUCAACUCGGUUCUUCCGGUGGUGGUAUUUUGACUUAUGAGGGUCGGUUUGAGAUCUUAUCUUUGUCUGGAUCAUAUACGGUCUCAGACACUAGCGGCAUAAGAAAUCGCGAUGGUGGAUCGAGUGUCUCACUUGUUGGUCCUGACGGCCGAGUGAUUGGAGGUUCUGUUGCUGGUCUACUUACAGCUGCUGGUCCUAUCCAAAUUGUAGUUGGAAGUUUCACGCCAGAUGCUAACAAGACGCUUAAAAAGAAGUACCAACGGGAACACACGGUGUCGUCUCCAACUUCAACUGGUCCAGAAAUCAUGACAGCAGCAAGACCUAUCUCACAAGCAAAUGCUCAUGCUGAAAACUUCAUGAUACCGAUUUUGUCUCAGUUACCCGAUCAUCAAAACCAGAGCUUUUAUAUAUCUAAAUUAGCAUUGUAA